AUGGGGUACAAGUUCGUGAUCGAAUACAAAAAGGGCAGCGCGAAUAGAGCUGUCGACGCCCUGUCUCGCCGCGAUGAGUCAUCAGUUGCGGUCGCGGGCUCGACCAGCGAAGAGGGCCCUGUCACCGACGAGGAUGCAGGACAAACAGGUGUUCUCCUUGCCGCGGCAGCACAUCCGGUUCCGCAGCUUAUAGAGCUGUUGAAAAGCGAGAACCGUUCUUCUCCUGAGAUGCGUGAGAUUGUGAGGGAUAUCUCGGAGGGUCGCGCACCCCCCCACCUGUCCUUGGUAGAGGGUCUGGUUUGGGAGGACGUCUCAAUGGAUUUCAUCACGGGUCUUCCCCUAUCGCGAGGUUACACGACGAUCAUGGUGGUGGUGGAUCGCUUGUCUAAAUACGCGCAUUUUGCCCCUCUGCCGAACCGUUUUGACGCGUUAAAGGUGGCCCAUUUAUUCAUCAACAAGGUGGUCCGUCACCACGGGUUUCCGAAAACAUUGGUUUCGGAUCGUGAUUCUGUUUUCCUAAACAAAGUCUGGGAAGAGUUAAUGCGCCUCAGUGGUACGAAGUUGAACUUUUCGACGGCCUACCAUCCGCAGUCUGACGGGCAAACUAAGGUUCGUAACCGGGGGCUAGAACAGUAUUUGAGGGCUUUCACUGCGGAUCGCCCGUCUAAAUGGGCGAAUUUCUUACCAUGGGCGGAAUUGGCACUAAAUUGCUUCAAUCACGCGGGUUUAGGGAUGUCCCCUUUUAAGGCGCUGUACAGGCGUGAGCCCCCAAGCUUGAUCUUCGCCAAACCGUCAGACGCGACCCCACCGUUGGUAGCGGAAUUGAUUACUCAGCGUGGGGAGCUUUUGGUGGAGUUACGUAGGAAUUUGGAGCGAGCGCAACAGCGGAUGCGCGACUCGGCGAAUAAGCACCGUCGCCAAUUGAAAUUCAAGAUGGGAGAUAAAGCAUUUGUCGAGGGAGAAGUCAUUGGCGACACCAUAACAUUGCCGUCGGAGUUUUUCGGAGAUAGACCAGUGGUGUAUCCGAUAAGAGUUUUAGACAGGAGGGUUCUUUGGCAUGCGGGUGAGCCGAGAGAUCAUGUGUUGGUACGUUGGUCAGACAGUACGGAGUCGCCGACAUGGGAGCCACUGCAGUUGAUCCAGCGCCAGUUUCCGAAUGUACUCCUUGAGGAUAAGGAUUUUGUUAUCGGAGGGGGGGUUGAUACGGUACCGAUACAGCCGGCUACAUCUGCCCCAAUCCAGUCCCUUCCACCCACCGGUGUAACCGAAGGACCAGAGCAAGAAGCGGAGGAAGUCCCGGAGGUUAGGCAGCUCGAAGAGCCGUCGAUCGCGAAGUCGAAGCCAAGAAGGAAUGUGCGUCCGCCUGAUAAGUUUGGCGACUACGUCACCAAGUAG